CGGGCGGGCGCCGGGAGUCCGGCGCGGGCGGCGUUGCCUCAGCGAAGCCGCCUCCGGCCGCACUUUGCCUGGCCAGCGCCGGCCGGCUGCAGCCUCCGCGCCGACCGUCGGCGGGACGCCGGCCCCACGGCCCGCAGGGUAGCCGCGCGGCCCGGAGCCCUCGGCAUGGAUUCGGACUCGGGAGAGCAGAGCGAGGGCGAGCCCGUGACCGCCGCAGGUCCUGAUGUGUUUAGCUCAAAGAGUCUUGCCCUUCAUGCCCAGAAGAAGAUCCUGAGCAAAAUAGCCAGCAAAACUGUGGCCAACAUGUUGAUUGACGACACCAGCAGUGAGAUCUUUGAUGAGCUCUACAAAGUCACCAAGGAGCACACUCACAACAAGAAGGAGGCCCACAAAAUUAUGAAAGAUUUAAUCAAAGUGGCAAUCAAAAUUGGUAUUCUCUACCGGAACAACCAGUUCAGUCAAGAGGAGGUCAUUAUUGUAGAGAAAUUCCGGAAGAAGCUGAACCAGACUGCCAUGACCAUGGUCAGCUUUUAUGAAGUAGAAUAUACUUUUGAUAAGAAUGUGCUCUCGAAGCUUCUGCAUGAGUGCAAGGACCUGGUACAUGAACUGGUACAGCGACACCUGACACCCAGAACCCAUGGGCGCAUCAACCAUGUCUUCAACCACUUUGCCGAUGUGGAAUUCCUUUCCACUCUCUACAGUCUGGAUGGAAAUUGCAGGCCCAACCUCAAGAGGAUUUGUGAAGGAAUCAAUAAACUGCUAGAUGAAAAGAUCCUUUGAAUGACUUCUCCUGGACUUUGCUGCUUUAAAGUUACAAUAUCCAAUCUGGCCCAUUGAAGAUCAAGAAAACAAGCAGAAACUCUUGUUUAAGAUGUCCGUGUUCUAUCUUCUUCAUCCUUCUGAUGCUGAUAGGAACUAAGCUCAAGUGUGUUUCCCCACAGAGCUCUGGGAUCAGAUCUGAACUCUAAAUCACCCAUGUUGUAAGCACAAAGAAUGGUCAACUGUUCUCAGCAGAGAGGCUGCUUAGCUCACCCCCACGAUUUCAGUCUAUCUCAGUGUGGAAGGAGUUCUGGAUCAAGAGGUGUAAGACAUGGGUUUGGUUAUCAGCUCUACCCGUUACGAUUCUUAUCUUCUGUGUCCUGGAACCAUUGUCCCUGCCUGCCUACCUCACAGGGCUGUUGUGAGGACUAAAUGAGAUGAUGUGCAUUCACACUUUUGAAAACUCUGUGAAACAGAGAUCAAUGGUUAUAUAAAGUAAAUAGGGCUUGAGUAUUAGUAAAUACUACAUUCGUGGCGUACAUCUGUAAUCACAGUACCAGGGAAGAUGAAGAUUGAGGAUCACAGUUUUCUAGCUAACUUGGGCUACAGAACAAGAUUGAGAUAAACCUGGCCUUUAUAGAAAGCCCUGAAGAAAGGAAGAAAAACAGGAAAAAAGAAAGAAAAAAGAAGGAAAGAGAGAAGACAAAGAAAAAAAA